UUGUGGCUGUUGUGAUGCGUAUUCCCGUAGAUCCGAGCACCAGCCGGCGCUUCAGCCCCCCCUCCAGCAGCCUGCAGCCCGGCAAGAUGAGCGACGUGAGCCCGGUGGUGGCUGCGCAGCAGCAGCAGCAACAACAGCAGCAACAACAGCAGCAGCAGCAGCAGCAGCAGGAGGCGGCGGCGGCGGCGGCGGCCGCGGUGCCCCGGUUGCGGCCGCCGCACGACAACCGCACCAUGGUGGAGAUCAUCGCUGACCACCCGGCCGAACUCGUCCGCACCGACAGCCCCAACUUCCUGUGCUCCGUGCUGCCCUCGCACUGGCGCUGCAACAAGACCCUGCCAGUGGCCUUCAAGGUGGUUGCCCUCGGAGAGGUACCAGAUGGGACUGUGGUUACUGUCAUGGCGGGUAACGAUGAAAAUUAUUCUGCUGAGCUCCGAAAUGCCUCUGCUGUUAUGAAAAACCAAGUGGCAAGAUUCAACGAUCUGAGAUUUGUCGGCCGGAGUGGAAGAGGCAAGAGUUUCACCUUGACCAUAACCGUCUUCACAAAUCCUCCCCAAGUAGCCACGUAUCACAGAGCUAUUAAAGUCACAGUGGAUGGACCCCGGGAACCCAGAAGGCACAGACAGAAGCUUGAUGACUCUAAACCUAGUUUGUUCUCUGAUCGCCUCAGUGAUUUAGGGCGCAUUCCUCAUCCCAGUAUGAGAGUAGGUGUCCCGCCUCAGAACCCACGGCCCUCCCUGAACUCUGCACCAAGUCCUUUUAAUCCACAAGGACAGAGUCAGAUUACAGACCCCAGGCAGGCGCAGUCCUCCCCACCCUGGUCCUAUGACCAGUCCUACCCCUCCUACCUGAGCCAGAUGACUCCUCCGUCCAUCCACUCCACCACCCCGCUGUCCUCCACGCGGGGCACCGGGCUGCCCGCCAUCACCGACGUGCCCAGGCGCAUUUCAGAUGAUGACACUGCCACCUCUGACUUCUGCCUCUGGCCUUCCACUCUCAGUAAGAAGAGCCAGGCAGGUGCUUCAGAACUGGGCCCUUUUUCAGACCCCAGGCAGUUCCCAAGCAUUUCAUCCCUCACUGAGAGCCGCUUCUCCAACCCACGAAUGCACUAUCCAGCCACCUUUACUUACACCCCGCCAGUCACCUCAGGCAUGUCCCUCGGUAUGUCCGCCACCACCCACUACCACACCUACCUGCCACCACCCUACCCCGGCUCCUCCCAAAGCCAGAGCGGACCCUUCCAGACCAGCAGCACGCCAUAUCUCUACUAUGGCACCUCGUCAGGAUCCUAUCAGUUCCCCAUGGUGCCCGGGGGAGAUCGGUCUCCUUCCAGAAUGCUACCGCCGUGCACCACCACCUCGAAUGGCAGCACGCUAUUAAACCCAAACCUGCCCACCCAGAACGAUGGCGUUGAUGCCGACGGAAGCCACAGCAGUUCCCCCACCGUUUUGAAUUCUAGUGGCAGAAUGGAUGAAUCUGUCUGGCGACCCUAUUGAAACUUCCUCAGCAGUGGCCCCAGUGGUCUCGGUGGGGAGCCACAUCCCCAGUGUAUCGACAUAUACAUAUAUAGAGAGUGCAUAUAUAUGUAUAUCAACUCGCUAUCUACAAAGUGCCUGUUUUUUUAGAAAAUUUUCUUUUCUUCUUUUUGUUUUUUUUGCAUUCAGUCACUCUGUCACGAUCUUGCAACCCUAAGAGGGUAAAUCUUGUAAAGCGAAAGGCCCAAGAGAGAGACAGCCCUAACCAGGUUUCAGAUCAUUUUCUAUUUAAACAUGUACCUUUGCAAACAAACAAAGGGAAAAAAAAAGGUAUUUUUUGUUUGCUGUUGUUGUUGGGUCUCUUAUCCUCAAUCAUCUGUUCAGAUGCCAGUUCAGAGAGGUGGACUCCAAGUCCAGGAGGAAGAGCAAAGCCGCUUCCUCCCUGUGUUUUGAAACCACACGUCCUCACGGUUCACGGCGUUGCAACACGUGGACCUGUGCCCUGGGCAGACCUGCUUACAAAGCCGGUCCAGGUGCCCGCGAAGGGAAGAGAGGCAGAAAGGAAUGCUUCCACUCCCCUGCCAUCCACUCAGAGCAACUGUUCCAAACUUUUGCUUUCAUGCUUUCUGCAAGUACUCAUUUGAACUGUUUGGUUCAGUUGUUUUUAUUAUUAUUAUUUUUUCCUACUUUAAGAAAGUGACUUCAAAAACAAUACUGAUCAGGAUAGAUUAUUUUAUUUUACUUUUUCAUACUUCUUUUUUCCUUUUCCCAUUGAACCAAAAGGAAAUCCGAUACCGAACCACGUGCCCCCUCCAACCCACUCCUUCUCCUUUUAUGCAAAACUGAAAAUGGCAAUACCUUAUUAUAGCCAUAACGGUAGAGAUAGUGUUUGCGUUUGGCUGUGUGUUAUUUGUCUUCUUUUUUUUUUAAAUUAUGAAUAUGUGUAAAAUCUGAGGUAACUUGCUAACGUGAAUGGUCAUAUAACUUUAAAGAUAUAUUUAUAAUUAUUUAAUGACAUUUGGACCCUUGAAACAUUUCUUAGUGUAUUGAUAUGUUGACUUCGGUCUCUAAAAGUGCUCUUUAUUAAAUAACAAAUUUUUUCAGUGGGCUAGAGCCAUAUCUGAAAUAUUGCUAAGCAAUUUCAGUUCAUCCAGGCACAAUGUGAUUUUUUAAAAAUACUUCCAUCUCCAAAUAUUUUAGAUGUAGCUUGUUUUUGCGAUGUAUGAAGGAAUUGAUAUAUUUCGUUCUUUUCAGAUCUUUGAUUGCCUCUAACACAGCUUUGCCUUUUAAAAAAAAAAUAGCAAUAAUUAGAGAUUUAAAAAGCAACCCUGAGUCCUUUAUCACGUAUGUUGCCCUUUAUCAGCAUAAAAUGCUGGAGUGAUGUGGUUUCCUAAUUUCUUUGAAAUAGUGAUGACUCUCGUCAUAUUAAAAGACAAGCACAAGUGAAUCCUUGAACUGCAGAAUGGCGUUCUGUGGUUUCAUAGUUAAAGCAAAACUCAAAAUUGCCAGGCUUCAUGCUGAAGAUGCAGUCAGCUUAAAGCCACACACGUAGUUGAAGGAUCAGUCACGAUACUCAAGGUACAGGAGAAUAGAACUGUGCCAGGGAGCCUUACCCAACCUGCCUUACCCAGACAGUAAGUCAGGGGAACCCAAAUCUGCCUUAGCCUGGGCCCCACUGGCAGCUCUCCACAGAAUUUGCAUUUAAAGAAGCAGAAUUAAGUCACUGUCUUCUGGGAGCAGGGUCAUCUGAAGGGGCAGGCAAGUUCCAACAGGCAGCUGAUCUGAGAACACACAGCCUCUGAUACUCAUUGUAUUUCACCGUGGAGGGUGUCGGGAAGGCAAGGCUAGGUGGAAUCUGGUGUCUACUACUGUGUGUGAACCUGAGCUGAAGGCCUCCUGUCAGAUGCACUCUGAGCUCUCCUGGUCCUUAAUCCAAGCCAGGAUCCUGUCAUGACACCACCAGGCAGAUCCCCACCUGCCUCCCCCACAGGUCAGGGCUCUUUCAUUCAAAGUCUGUGCCCCCCCAACCCCCGCCCUAGGCAGAACCUGAUAGAGAUUUGCCUCCAGCCCCCAGAAGCCCCUUGCUUCCUGGUCAUCCUCCAGCCCACUUCAUAGACCCACCAAGCAUCUCAGGAUAGCUCAAGGGGCAUUGGACCUGUGCUUCUCACCUGGGAAUUCACCCUGACUCCCCCUAAGAAAAAUCGAGGGGAACACCAAACCAAACCAAACCAAGACACUUUGCCUUCUAAAGGUUGUAUACCGAGUAUGCCUAGAUAAAUAAGCCACUUUUCUAUUCCUAAAGAUGGAAGUAGUAAUGGAUACUAUUUAUUGUUUGUGUGUGGUAGCUUGAAGCACACCACCGUCCAUUUAUUUUUAAAUGUAAAAUAUGUGUGUUUGUUUCAGCAGCACUUAAAAAAGCCAGUGUCUGGUUACACAUUUCAAUCUUAAUUAAUUGACAUAAAAAUGUUAUCUCCAGUGCCAGCUAUACCCUAUUUAAUAAAAAAGGUACUAUAUCUGUACAUUCUUGUUUAAUGUUAAAAGGGCUUUUUUAAGUUUACAGUACACAUACUAAGUGACUUGAGGGACGCUUUUGUGUUGAAAUGUUAGUAAUAGUGGCUGCAGGCAGCAACCCAGAAACACUUUAAAAGCUUUUUUUUUUCUUGGGAAAAAUUCAAGCACUUCUUCCUUCUCUCCUCACUCUAACCAUUUCAAUGGGGCAAUUUACAUUUCUUAGAUUAAAUUUGGCCCUUUUUCAGCCUGGGGGUUAAAUUUUGCUUUUUUUUUUUUAAAAAAAAAAAGCAAGUCCUUAAUUUGCACUGAGUCACGUGCAUGAUUUGUGAUUUCAAGAUUAAAACAAAGCCUUUCUGCUACUAUGGAACCGUGACCUAGCCAGCACUGUACUUUCUUCAGGUUAAAAUGACAUGGUUUACAACGUCACCAGUACGGCCACUUUUUUAAAGAACAAAACAACAUAAAAAACCUGUUUUAACCUGUGUCAGAGUUCCAGAAUAGGUACCAAAGAUUUUUAGAUUUUUUGUGAAAUGACAUCCAGCUUAGAACGCAAAGAUUCAACAGCUCUGGUUCACUCUUCAGGCCGUCUUACCCCCACCAGGACCUUUUAAAAGUGGGCAGAGAACUGCACACCAUUAGGCCCCAUUCAUUGUGGAUUCAGAGGGGAGGAGAUGGGUGUACUGGCUCAAAGAGUUCCCUCCAUUACCAGGAAAGCGACUGACUCAGAGUCUAGGGAAAUACAUGAAAACACAAAGCAUUAGCAAAAACAAUAAUUAUACCUAUGACAUUCAAAAGAACUAUAAUAAAUAAAUAAAAGAUGACAUUUUGAAACCUUGAAUUUGUUGUUCUUAAAAAAGAUAAUGCCUUUGAAACGUGUUUUCUAUGUGAGAAGUUUUUAGAUGUUUGUUUACUUCAUGUUUACAAAUAACUGUUUGCCUUUUCAUGCAGUACUUUGAAAUAUUAUCAGCCAAAACCAUAACUUACAGUCAUUUCUUAGGUAUUCUGAAUAAAAUUCCAUUUUUUUUUUGGAUAUGCUUUACCAUUCUUAGAUUUCUGUGGAACAAAAAUAUUUGUAGCAUUUUGUGUAAAUACAAGCUUUCAAUUUUUAUUUUUUUUCCAAUCGCUGUUGCCCAAAACUUGCUUUCGUGCACAUAUUGUACAAAUUCUGCUUUGUGCCACAGGUCAUGAUUGUGGAUGAGUUUACUCUUAACUUCAAAGGGACUAUUUGUAUUGUAUGUUGCAACUGUAAAUUGAAUUAUUUGGCAUUUUUCUCAUGAUUGUAAUAUUAAUUUGAAGUUUGAAUUUAAUUUUCAAUAAAAUGGCUUUUUUGGUUUU